AUGCCCAAAGAUACGAGCAAUAAGAAACGGACCGAUGGAAAACCCCCUCCACGACCUUCAAACCGCUUCUUCAUCUACCGGGCAGAGCAAACGGCGCUCCACAAGAAGUUGAACCCUCAUGACCAUCAAACCGAUAUCUCGAAGAUCAUAGCUGAACGGUGGAAGCAUGAAUCACCGGAGGUUAUAGCAAAGUACGAAGAGAAGGCCCAAGCCGCGAAAGCAAAGCAUAAGCUUUUGUAUCCCGAUUACAAGUAUCAGCCCAAGAGCAAGCAGCAGAAGCAGGUAGAACGCGAGGAGCAGAAGGCGAAACGGCCGACGAAGAAAACGCGCGCUGGUAGUACAAGUUCCCCCGCCCCAAGCUCAGUCGCUGCUACCCCCGUGCAUACUCCCACCGUCCUCCCAUAUCCCCUCGUCCAGCCCAACGUGCCACAUCCCGCUUUCCUCCCUCAGGCGAACCAUCCAAUGUAUUAUCCGCAUCUUUACUACGGGAACGUGGGGCCUACACCCCCGUUGUCUGCAGCGCCAACUCCCACCGAUGUUGACACCGACGAGCAACCCGACACACCAAAUAACGCGUCUCCUUCUACAUCGGCUUCAGGGAAACUUGCCGAUGCCUCUUACUACUCGACUUCCAUCCAGAAUCCUCGACCUCAGUAUCCCCCGGCUGUUGCUGAGAAUUUGCUCCCGCCUACCGAUUCUGAGGCUUCUCCGCCAUCCGCCUCUACUUACGAUUUCCAGUGGAUGCAAAACUCAAGUAGUCUUUCUAACGAUCAAUUCAAUUGGGAUAAUAUCAAUACCGAUACUAGUCAUGUAUCACAGUCCGCGUCCCUCUCUCAAGAGUCCUUCGAUGUGCCUUCAUCAUCAGCCGGAGCCGAAUUCUCCGAAAAUAUAUGGGCGUAUUUGAACGUACCAAUUGGUGCCAACGACCCCAAUUCUCUGGGCACCGCAGCUUCAUCGUUGUACUGUCUUUCGGACUUUACGCCAGGCAAUGAGCUAGAGAUCACCCCAGGGAACGCCGAAUUGACCGACUUGGCUCGUGUCUUCGGGGAUGACUUCUCUACAUCGACGGACCUGUUCUCCCCGGCUCUGAACGCGUCGUUCUCCUCUUCGCUAUCGCAGAAUGACUUCGCCAGCAUGCCUUUCUUCACCGACAAUACUACACCUUCCUCCCAAGUCUUGUCCUUGACGAGUUUCGCGUCAUAUAACACGGCGGAGCACUUGGAGCCACUCGACACUGGCGUCCAGGGCUCGUCGCGCCAAGUUUCCUACAACGACACGCCACCCGCCGCCACCGCCCAACAACCAUCCACCUCGGGCGCGUCGUCUUCGUCCUAUGUGCCUCCGCCCGGUGCUUCGCUUGCUGGCACUCGACGCGUCGCGGGCAGCUGGAAAAUCCCUCGCGAUUUCGAUGCCUGA